UGUGCUCCCAGACAGAGUAAUAGCACUGUGACUGAAAGGUUCUCUCUUACCACAGAAUGGACAACAUGGAUGACCUAACUACCUUUGUAACCACUGUCUAUUCUGAGCAAACUGAUGAGCCCGAUUACGACUAUGGCACAGGAACGACUGAAGAUUCAGGCUUGUGUGACAGAAGCUCUGUCAGGCAGUUUCGCAGUCAGUAUGAGCCAACUCUGUUCGGGAUCAUCUUCAUCCUGGGUGCUGUAGGUAACCUGCUGGUGGUUUGGAUUUACACCACUGUGCGCAAACGUCUCAAAACAAUGACCGAUUUGUACCUACUGAACCUGGCUGUGGCUGACCUCCUCUUCUUAUGCAUGCUGCCCUUCUGGGCUGUUGAUGCCAUCAAGGGUUGGGACUUUGGCAUCACUCUCUGCAAAAUCGUGUCUGCUGUCUAUAAGAUCAACUUCUUCAGCAGCAUGCUCUUUCUUACCUGCAUUAGCGUGGACCGCUACAUUGCUAUUGUACAAGUCAUCAAAGCCCAGAACCUGAAGAAAAAGAGGGUGUUCUACAGCAAACUUGCUUGCUUUGGUGUCUGGUUGGUCUCAAUUCUGCUUGCUCUACCUGAGCUUAUCUUUGCUCAGGUGAAGACGGACCGACUGGAGAGCCAAUCUUCUUGUACUCUGGUCUACUGGGACAAUGCAUUCAACCGGACUAAAAUCCUGGUGCUGUCUCUGCAGAUUUGCAUGGGCUUCUGCUUUCCUGUGCUGGUUAUGUUCUUUUGUUACACAGUCAUCAUUCGCACACUUAUGCAGGCCAAGAGUUUUGAAAAGCACAAAGCACUACGUGUCAUCUUUGCCGUAGUGUUUGUGUUUGUUCUUUCCCAACUGCCUUACAAUUCCCUGCUGAUCGUAGAGGCCACACAGGCAGCCAAUACCACUAUCACAAAUUGCCAAACUGUUAUUGGUUUUGAUGUAGCCGGACAGGUUGCCAAGAGCCUGGCAUUUACUCACGCCUGCCUGAACCCAUUCCUGUAUGUUUUCAUUGGAGUUCGAUUCAGACAAGAUCUUCUGAGGAUUGUUAAAACGUGUCAUGGUGGUCUGGGAAAAGGAGGGCUCAGUAAAAGUCAGGCUGUUCCCAAACGUCCCUCUGUUAUGUCGGAUACUGAUACUACUCCUGCCCUUUCCUUAUAGAUGCCCAUUUCCCUAAACCUACACUUUACUUUUUCUUACAAAUGCAUUACUUUUUUUUUUUUUAUUAGAAGAACAACAACAAUAACAGCCUUGAAAGAUCAAACAUCUCUGAAGUUUUCAUUUAUUUCACUCAUAUUCUGACAGCAAAUGUUUCCUGGACCAAUUGUAUAAACUGUACAGCAUUGUAAAUACUGUCAUUUGAAAGUGUUUUUAAUUUUUUUUUAAACACUUGCCUCAACAUGUUUUUUGUGUGUUGCUGUAGCAUAG